AUGUACAUAAUGGGGCCAGGGGUCCCCCUUGCACUCCCACUCGGUAGCUCCUGCUUCCCGCCUCAUUCCCUCUCGCUCACCGUCUCAGUCCCCCUUGCUACCCGUCUCAUCCCCCUUCGCACACCGCACCCCCACAUACCAGCCUCACUCCCUCCAGUCUCCCGCCUAAUUUCCUCCUGCUCACUGCCGCAUUCCCCUUAUGCGCACCGCAUCGUUCACUCCUGGUUCCAACCCCCUUCCCUACUGCUUCCCGCCUCAUCCCCCCUUGCUACCCGCCUCAUCCCCCCUUGCUUCCCACCUCAUUCCCCCUUGCUACCCGCCUCAUUCCCCUUUGCUACCCGCCUCAUCCCCCCUUGCUACCCGCCUCAGUCCCCCUUGCACUCCCACUCGGUAGCUCCUGCUUCCCGCCUCAUUCCCUCCCGCUCACCCCUCACUCCCUCCAGUCUCCCGCCUAAUUUCCUCCUGCUCACUGCCGCAUUCCCCUUAUGCGCACCGCAUCGUUCACUCCUGGUUCCAACCCCCUUCCAUACUGCUUCCCGCCUCAUCCCCCCUUGCUACCCGCCUCAUCCCCCCUUGCUUCCCACCUCAUUCCCCCUUGCUACCCGCCUCAUUCCCCUUUGCUACCCGCCUCAUCCCCCCUUGCUACCCGCCUCAGUCCCCCUUGCACUCCCACUCGGUAGCUCCUGCUUCCCGCCUCAUUCCCUCUCGCUCACCGUCUCAGUCCCCGUUGCUACCCGUCUCAUCCCCCUUCGCACACCGCACCCCCACAUACCAGCCUCACUCCCUCCAGUGUCCCGCCUAAUUUCCUCCUGCUCACUGCCGCAUUCCCCUUAUGCGCACCGCAUCGUUCACUCCUGGUUCCAACCCCCUUCCCUACUGCUUCCCGCCUCAUCCCCCCUUGCUACCCGCCUCAUCCCCCCUUGCUUCCCACCUCAUUCCCCCUUGCUACCCGCCUCAUUCCCCUUUGCUACCCGCCUCAUCCCCCCUUGCUACCCGCCUCAGUCCCCCUUGCACUCCCACUCGGUAGCUCCUGCUUCCCGCCUCAUUCCCUCCCGCUCACCCCUCACUCCCUCCAGUCUCCCGCCUAAUUUCCUCCUGCUCACUGCCGCAUUCCCAUUAUGCGCACCGCAUCGUUCACUCCUGGUUCCAACCCCCUUCCCUCCUGCGUCCCGCCUCAUUCACCUUUGCUACCCGCCUCAUCCCCCCUUGCUUCCCACCUCAUCCCCCCUUGCUACCCGCCUCAUUCUCCCUUGCCCCCCACCUCAUUCCCCCUUCGCUCACCGACUCAUUCUCCCACUUAUCCCCGCCACAAACCCCCCUUUCUACCCGCCGCAUUCCCCCAAGCUCCCCGCCCCAUUACCAGCUUAUCACCGCCUCAUGCCCCACCUCCAUCCUCCUCCAUCGUGUUAG